AUGGAAUGGGCCACACCUAGAUUUCGCAACGACCCCGUCGUCAUCAAGAGACUGAUGAAGCGCUGCUGGCAAAUCAUUGAAUUUGUGAACCCUGAUCUCUUGGCGGAUCGAGACUUUCUCAUGGAAACUUUCGACUAUGGUUGUGGCUUGACGCUUCAGUUUGCCUCGCCGGAAAUUUUGUCCGAUAAACAGUGUGUCCUGGCUUCCUUCCGGAAUGGGUCCCAACAGCUCCAUUUUGCGUCGCCGGAACUACGAGAUAAUCCAGAAGUAGUGCUGGCAGCCACAAAAGCGUCAUUAUCAGCCAUUGAGUUUGCUAGCGAUCGGCUCAAGUGCGAUCGGCAGUUUGUGUUGGAGGCGGUGAUGUUGAGGCGGGAGCAGUUUGCCGCAUGGAGUAACUUGCCUCAUGCCUUGGAAUUCGUCGAUGAAUCCUUUCGACAUGAUUAUGAAAUUGCCAUGGAAGCUGUCAAGCAGAAUUGCAUGGCGUUGGAUUUGCUUCAAGAGAAAUUCCGUGCUGAUCGACAUUUGGUAAUGGCUGCGGUCCAGGCUUCGCCGUAUCCAUGGUGCUUGCAGUGGGCGGCCGAGCCUUUGAAAGACGACGAGGAAAUAGUCAUGGCGGCUGUGGAAAGUUGUGGUGGAAGUCUCGAGUUUGCGUCAGAAAGGCUAAAGGCCAGCCGUGAUAUCGUCCUGGUAGCAGUAAGACAGGACCCUCGUUCCAUCCAAUUUGCUGCAGACCAGCUAAAAGCAAACAGAAAAGUGGUGUUGAUGUCAUUACGGCGCGGGCACGGUGAAACACUUCAAUUUGCUUCGUCAGAACUCCAAGGAGACAGAAAGGUUGCAUUGUUCGCUGUGGAAGCACAGCAUCGCAACUGGGUGCAUGUCGCAAAACACCUUACAGAAGACAAGGAUUUUGUUUUGUCGGCACUCAAGAUGCGAGUGGAUAUAUUUCAUUUUCUAUCCACGCAGCUUCAAAAUGAUAUAGUGGUUGUCUACAGAGCUUUCCGGACUAAGUUCGUUUUCUUUUAUUCACAUUUUUGGAAGAAUGGAGAGGAUUGGUUGCAGAGGGCAGAGGGGGCAGGAUGA